ACAGGGACGAAUGAAACAAACGUGCGUAUCGAAUGAUCUUACCAAUCGGAAAUAUUUGGAAAGCAUGAAGUGAAGUUUCGGGAAAAUGAGGAUAAAUAUUUUUCUUGCAGUAUGGAUCGAAUGAUCUAAAGAGUGUAGUGAAUUUGGAAUCCUCCACAUAUCAAGUGUUAGAAUUAAGUUAAACGACGGAAUAUAGUAUAGUGCUAGUGAACAAUUGCAACCGCUAGAGGAAAUUGAUCAAAUUGGAUACUAUGGUUAUGAUGCAAUCUCCAAAAUCUGAUUCCGGACAGGCGGAAAGCCCGUCGCAUUCUCAGCCUAAUUCGCCUCCGUCUCCGGCUGAGCAAAAUCAAAUGAGCCAUGAAAAACUAUCUACUACCGUUUUGAAAUGUGUCGCUAUGCAAACACCCGUCUCAAGUCAACUGGAUCAUCAACACCCGGUGGCUCGAUCUCCGCCUUCGCCAAAGUCUGAUGGACUGUUGAUCCGGUUCCAGGAAAACCAAAUGCUCGAUGGAAAAACAAAUCUAGAAUUGAGAGGCAAAUUCCCCUCAUUUUCCAAGGAAAACAUUGCCCUGCGUCCAGUGAACGGUGACCAUAUAAUCUAUGCUAAAAGUGAUCGUGAUUUAUUAGAACCCAGUGCCAAGUUUUCCAUAGAAAGGCUAAAACAACUAGCCGACCACAAUAUUAAUGCCCGUCUUAGUCCAUCCGAAUUAGAUAAGGCACCCUCCGGGAAAUACUCAAUUGAUCAUAGUGUUAAAUACGCUAUUCCUAACGAUACCGGGUUGCAACAAUCUCAUCCGCAACACUUUUCGCCGGCACACCCAGUACCCAUGCUCCCGACUGCGUCGGUGCUGUCUAGCCUACAAACCCUUGGGCAACACGCAGCGCUAACUGCCACCGGUCAACUUCCACCAUCAACGCACCAUCCGCAUUUAACGCCACAGUCACAUCCCCAGCAACAGCAUCCCUUUGCCAUCAAAUAUCCUCCGGGCAGUGUAUCACCGCCGGACUUGGAAAUCGAGCGAUUCAAAAUUGCCCGAUCGAUAAGCAAUGGCAAAGAACUAUCCGAUUUCGGUUUCAGGAUACAGCUAGGUGGCCUAUCGACCAAUUAUGCACGUAGUGAUACCAGCGAAGAACUUAUAGUGGACGGAAAUGAAGAUAGUUCUCAGGAUGCCGCAUCAGGAUGUCCCGUUGAUUUAACCCGCUCCAUGGACAGCAGCAGUGCAAAAUCUAUCACGAGCAGUGAAAAAGAAACCACACCAAAACGAUUGGCAUUUUCCGUAGAAAACAUUCUCGAUCCAAACAAAUUUAACGGCAAACUUUAUCAAAACAACAAUAAUAGCAGUAUUAAUAAUAACAAUACCUGUAGCCAAAACAGUAAUUCCAAUAAUCAUAGUGUAAAUAGUAAUAAUAAAUUUUGGAGCGGAUUCGACCGGGAUGACAAACUGGAGGAUGACCAAAGUGAUUCACGAUCAGUGAAAGAUAUGAACGACCUCGAACAAGAGGACAUGGGCGACGACACGAUGGGCAGCGACAUCGAUGACCACGCCAGUGAGACUGACUCGAAAAAGGACGGCACUAGCAGUCGGUCUGGUGACGGAAAAUCGCAGGGGAAUAGUUCUAAGCCUAGGAGGGCACGAACCGCAUUCACAUACGAACAACUUGUUUCCUUAGAGAACAAAUUUAAAACAACCCGAUAUCUAUCGGUAUGCGAGAGACUGAAUUUAGCACUAAGUUUAAGCCUUACAGAGACACAGGUAAAAAUCUGGUUUCAAAAUCGUCGUACUAAAUGGAAAAAGCAAAAUCCCGGUUUGGACGUAAACAGCCCGACGGUGCCUCCUCCGAAUGGAGGGUCAUUUGGUCCAGGAUCAUAUGCCAGCAGCCUUCUCUAUCCACAUGCCGUGCCGUACCCACCGUAUGGGCCGUACUUUCAUCCUCUCGGUGGCCACCAUCUCGGUCACUCGCACUCAUAAAACGAUGUGAUGAAUCAAACACAAGUCAACUGUUGCAAUUAUUAUGAUUUUUUCCACCGUUCUAGACAAAAGAUUUAAUCUCAUUCAAUGGUCAGGUUGUGGAAAGUGUAAAAAAUAUUUGAAGAAGCUCAUUUUUCCCCCAUUCAAAAUCAAAACUUCAACCUAAUUCUAUUAUCAAGUGCUUCGAUGCAAUGUACAUAGCCGUAGCUUUUAAAUAGGUAUAACGUUAGAAAGAGUAACUUUUAGUCAAUUUAAGGAGGUAAUGUAAAAAUUGUGUAAAGUGCAAACCGAUAUCA